UCAACUGCCGUCAUGGCCAAGUUGAAUUUUCUUCUUUUGGCUGGCUUUGCCGCCAAGCUGGCUGCUGCCAAGGAUGUCUAUCUCGAUUGGAACGUCACUUGGGUCAAUGCCUCCCCGGAUGGCUAUGAGCGGCCCGUCAUUGGUAUCAACAACCAGUGGCCCUGCCCCCAGGUGGAUGUCGAGCUUGGUGACCGAGUCAUUGUCGAUGUCUACAAUGGACUGGGAAACCAGUCGACGGGUAUUCACUGGCACGGUUUCCACCAAUACCAUGCCGGUGUCAUGGAUGGCUCCAGCUCAGUGACUCAAUGUCCUAUCGCCCCGGGCCAGCACAUGCAGUAUAGUUUCGAUGUUAACCAAACUGGAACUUACUGGUAUCACUCGCACAACAUGGGCCAGUACCCGGAUGGAUUCCGUGGUGCAUUCAUUGUUCACGACCCUAAUCCCCCAUUCUACUACGAUGACGAGUUCACCAUUACUCUUAGCGAUUGGUACCACCGUGAAAUGGCCGAUCUGCUCCACGAGUAUCAAUCGCAGGAGAACUUGGAAGCCUUUGCUGGCAACGAGCCCGUCCCGAACUCGGCUCUGAUCAACGAUUCCACCAAGACCAAGAUCAAGGUGGAGCCCAACAAGACUUAUCUUGUUCACAUCGUCUGUGUUGGCAACUGGCCCGGUCACACCUGGGUUCUGGAUGGUCACGAGAUGACCGUCGUCGAAGUUGAUGGCGUGUACAUUGAGCCCUAUGUUACGGGCAGCAAGAUGCUUCGUGUUGCUCCUGGUCAGCGCACGAGUGUGCUCAUUCACACGAAGCCUGAUAUCAGCAAGAACUUUGCUAUCUGGGAUACAAUGGAUAUCAACAUGAUGUUCAUCUACGAGAACCGCACAAUUCCUGCCAACUACAACCCCAACGUCACUGCUUGGCUGGUCUAUGACGAGGCAAAGCCGCUGCCUCCCCCUCCCGUUCUGCACGAGUUUGACUUUGCGGACGACGUUGAAUUUGUCCCACUCGAUAAGGAGCCUCUGUUACAGCCAGUCAAUAAGCAGAUCAUCAUCGACACCUUCUCCACUGAGAUCAACGGCAUCCGGCGCUUCACCAUCAACAACAAGACCUACAUCCCUCAGGAAGUUCCCACUCUGUACACGGCCAACACGAUUGGCAAGGACCUAGCAUCCAACCCGGAAGUCUACGGCCAAGUCAAUCCAUUCAUUGUCAACUACGGCGACGUUGUUGAGAUCGUAAUCAAUAACCACCACAACAACCUGCACCCAUGGCACUUGCACGGCCACGAGUUCCAAGUCCUGGAGCGCACCGGCGUCGAUGGUGGUUACUUCACCGGUGCCUACUCGCCCAACAUCUCGCAGACCCCGGUCCGCCGAGACACAAUCAUGGUCCAGAACCACGGUCACGCCGUACUCCGCUACCGGGCAAACAACCCCGGUGUCUGGUUGCUGCACUGCCACGUCGAAUGGCACGUUGAAGCUGGUCUCGUCGCUACCAUUAUCGAAGCUCCCGAGACGUUCCCUGAAUCUCAGGACGCUCCUCCCCAGAGUCACUACGAUGUUUGUGCUGCUUAUCCUGAUCCUACCAAUGGUAAUGCUGCUGGGAAGAAGGGUCUUGAUCUCUCUGGUGCGAAUACAGAGGUUGAAACUGAUACUCAUGGAGCGAUGUAUAACCACGAGCCUGCCGGUGCUGCUGCUCCGUCUGCUCCUGUGGUUCCCGUUGCCUCUGCUCCUACCUCUUCUCCUACCAUUGUGCCUGCACCUGCAGCCCCUACGCCUCAGAAUACUCAGUCGCCUCCUCCUGCGCAGCCACCAGCGUCUACUCCUACCCAUUCCCGUCCGCCUCCUCACCAGCAGCCCGCGCCUCAGGUCCCGGCUUCUGAAGCUCCCGCGCAGCCCGCUCCGGAAACUGCUCAGCAGCCAGCUCUUCAGCAGGAAGCUCCCGCUCCUCAAGCACCCGCACCCCAAGAGCCUGCGCCUCAGCCCGCUCCUCCAGUGAAGCCCGAGUAUCCUGGGUACCCUGCUUCGGAGCCUGCGGAGGCUUUCCCCGUCUACCCUGUGCCUCUAGCACCACCUCCGCAUGAUAAGCCAAUCUACGUGCAUCAGCAUGAUAGCAAUGGUCCUUGGCCCCAGCCUCACGCUGACGAGGGCCAUGCCCAAGUCGGAGAGGAUCCGGAUGCUGACUAUGCUCACUCUGAGGAUACCAAGGGCCUGUGGCCAAACCCAUACGAGAACAAUGGCUACGUUCAGGAAGGUGGCCACAUCGUCAAGACUUACGACAAUGGUCCCAACGACUUUCCCAAGGGAUACGGGUACUGGCAACAGUAUGAGCAAGAGCAGUAG